CAGGACCGAAUUUGAUCAAAAGAACUUCACUCUGCUGCUGAAGAACGUGCAGGAGAGAGACAGUGGGAUCUACACAGCAAAGAUAACUGAUAUUGAAGGACAGCCGAGAGAUGUUGCUUCCUACAGGCUCACAGUUCAAGUUUCCAGAGCUGAGGAGUCUUUGUCUCUGUUUGUGCGUAAGGGGGGCUCUGUUCGUCUGGAUGUGCAGGAAAAACUCCAGAAUAAAACCCUGUUCUGGUAUUUUAACUCCACAGCCAUACUACAAUACAAUAUAAAGUUUAAACAUCUGAAAUUUUAUGAAGAUUAUAAGAUCAGGACCAUAUUUGAUCAAAAGAACUUCACUCUGCUGCUGAAGAACGUGCAAGAGAGAGACAGUGGGAUCUACACAGCAAGGAUAAUUGAUGAUGAAGGAGAGAAGAGAGAUGUUGCUUCCUACAGGCUUACAGUUCAAGGUAGAAAUAACAUACUGUUUUACAGUCUCUGUGUACAAUGCAAUCAUAAGGGUGCUAAAAAGAUAUGGGUGGAGAAUACAUCAAUACUAAUGCAUUUAAAUAAUGCUGUCAUUCUGUAGAUAAAUGUGAUUUCUGAGAUUAUCAUGAGAUUAUAUCACUUGAUGAUAUUUUUCAGAUUAUUAUAAGAUUAUAUGAUUAAAUUUGCAUAUGUGUUGGUAUGAGUGUGUGUGCGUGUGUGCGUGUGUGCAUGUGGGUAUGAGUGUGUGAACGUGUGUGCGUGUGGGUAAUUCAUUGUGGCAUUUUACAUCUGCCAGCUCACCAUUAGACACACUGAACUCUUUUUCUGUACACCAGCCACAAAGCCCCAGUGUUGUAACGAACCCCCUGAUAUUUCCUGAUAAUUACAGGAUUUGUCUCUUGCUAAUUUCUACCGAUGCCCCAUUGCUCUACUGACAAACGUCUGACAACCUGAAAAUUUGUAGAAUAGGUUUAAAUGUCACAUUUUUCAGCACAAAAAGACAGAAAUCAUAAAUGAUACACUAGGCUGAUGGUUAUUAUUUUUUUUACUGUGAAGUACAUUGCAAAUAUCAGUUUCAUACUGUAUUACACAUUCUGCCAUUAAAUGUGGUUCGGAUAUACAAUGGUGAUUUGUUACUGUAUUAGUUUGGAUGCUAUAAAAUGUGUUAUUGUGCAAUAAUAGCUUGCAAGUGAUUUGGAUUUAAAGUAAGAAAGUCUUUCAUAAAUGUAUGAUAAUAGCUUGUAAAAGUAUUGUAUUUCAUUGUACUGUAUAAUGUGUGGUGUAUAUGGUAUCUGCUGAACAGAAUUUGUUUUGAAGUAUUAAAAUGAACAUUUCUCUGUUUUUUCCAGUUUCCAGAGCUGAGGAGUCUUUGUCUCUGUUUGUGCGUAAGGGGGGCUCUGUUCGUCUGGAUGUGCAGGAAAAACUCCAGAAUAAAACCCUGUUCUGGUAUUUUAACUCCACAGCCAUACUACAAUACAAUAUAAAGUUUAAACAUCUGAAAUUUUAUGAAGAUUAUAAGAUCAGGACCAUAUUUGAUCAAAAGAACUUCACUCUGCUGCUAAAGAACGUGCAGGAGAGAGACAGUGGGAUCUACACAGCAAGGAUAAUUGAUGAUGAAGGAGAGAAGAGAGAUGUUGCUUCCUACAGGCUUACAGUUCAAGUUUCCAGAGCUGAGGAGUCUUUGUUUGUGCGUAAGGGGGGCUCUGUUCAUCUGGAUGUGCAGGAAAAACUCCAGAAUAAAACCCUGUUCUGGUAUUUUAGCUCCACAGCCAUACUACAAUACAAUAUAAAGUUUAAACAUCUGAAAUUUUAUGAAGAUUAUAAUAUCAGGACCGUAUUUGAUCAAAAGAACUUCACUCUGCUGCUGAAGAACGUGCAGGAGAGAGACAGUGGGAUCUACACAGCAGUGAUAAUUGAUGAUGAAGGAGAGAAGAGAGAUGUUGCUUCCUACAGGCUUACAGUUCAAGUUUCCAGAGCUGAGAAGUCUCUGUUUGUGCGUAAGGGAAGCUCUGUUCAUCGGGAUCUGCAGGAAUAUGACGGACUCGGGUUUCGCUCCCUUUACUGGCAUUUCAAUAUCAACACAGCCAUACUAGAAUACAGAUCUAAAGAUCUGGAAUUAUUUAAAGCUUAUGAAACCAUGGCAGAAUUUGUUGAUAAGAACUUCACUCUGCUGCUGAAGAACGUGCAGGAGAGAGACAGUGGGAUCUACACAGCAGACAUAUAUGAUGAAGAAGGACAGCGAAGACAUGUUGCUUCCUACAGGCUCACAGUUCAAGUUUCCGGAGCUGAGGAGUCUCUGUUUGUGCGUAAGGGAGGCUCUGUUCGUCUGGAUGUGCAGAGACAUGAACGCCUCCGGUUUGACUCCCUUUUCUGGCAUUUUAAUAUCUCCACAGCUGUACUCGUAUACAUUAAUAAGUUUAAAGAUCUGAAAUUAUGUAAAGAUUAUAAAAGCAGGACGGAAUUUGAUCAGAGGAACUUCUCUCUGCUGCUGAAGAACGUGAGGCUGAGACACAGUGGGACGUACACAGCCACGAUAUCUGAUAAGUCAGGACAGCAGAUUCUUGUUGCUUCCUACAGGCUCACAGUUCAAGUGGCCCCGCCCACACCCCAAGUCAGAGUGGUGUUCCUCUCCUCUGCUGGAGGGUUCUGUAAGGUGUCAGUGAACUGCUCUGCUAAAGACACCUGGGCCAGCUACACCUGUGACCACGCCCAAUGCACACAGGUAGCGAAUACAGCCUCGCCAACAGGAGUCAACAUCAUUGUCACGGCAACCAACGGUACCAUUCACUGCAGCAGCAGUAACCGGGUCGACACAAAGACGGGAUCGGAAUCCACAAAGACCAUCUGUCCAGUUCCUCCAGUAACACCAUCUCCUGGCCUCUCACUGUGUGCGUUAAAGUCAGUGUUGUUCUCCCUGGGUCUGGUUGCUAUGGUUUCGGCUGUCAUCGCAGUUAAUGUCAGAGAGAGGUGCUGCAGAGAUCAAUCAGGACUGAGAGAGAAUAAUAAAUCUGUCAGAGGGGAGGAGAGAAUUAAUAUCUGAAAUAACUGUGUGUGAGCAUAUGUUUGUGUGUGUGCGUGUGUAUGUGUAUGUAAGUGUGCGUGCAUGCGUGUGUGUGUGUGUAUGUGCACAUGCGUGUGUGUAUCAAAAAACUUCAAGCUCCUGAAUGCAUAUAAAACAAGCAAUCCUAGCAAUGCAGUGCAGUACAUAUUUAAAAUAUUUCACCAGCACCACCCCAACCUUUGGGAGGGAAAACACAAGCACACAGUCAUAUUGGGGGUGAACUGAUAAUUAACUAGUUUGUUCAAGCUUUGCUGUGACUCAUUGCCAUGCUUUUUAAGCUACGAUGUGAUCUUACCUGUAUAUUUUAAGUUUUUUGUUUCAAACUUUUAUGUUUUUUAUAUUUGUGAGCUAAAUUCUUCAUGUGCUUUUGGAUUUGAAUGUGUUUUUGGAUUAUGAGCUUUUCAUCCACUCAAGCCGAAGAUGAUUUUCCAUCUGAUGAAAAAUAAAGUUUUCUGACUCGAAA